UCUUUUCUAUUCAUCAUGGCGGACGUAAAGAAAGCUACCGAGAAAAAAGUAGAGAAAACUGAAAAGAGGACAAAGAAAGAACCAAAAGAUGCAUCCAAGAAUGUUAUGCGUGAAGUUAGAAUUCGAAAAUUAUGUUUAAACAUUUGUGUCGGUGAAUCUGGCGACAGACUAACAAGAGCAGCAAAGGUGUUGGAACAGUUAACUGGACAACAACCAGUUUUCUCCAAAGCAAGGUAUACUGUACGUUCUUUUGGUAUCCGUCGUAAUGAAAAAAUUGCUGUACACUGUACCGUUCGCGGAGUGAAAGCCGAGGAGAUUCUUGAACGUGGUUUAAAAGUACGCGAGUACGAAUUGAGAAGAGAAAACUUCUCAGGUACUGGAAACUUUGGAUUUGGUAUCCAAGAACACAUUGAUUUAGGUAUUAAGUAUGAUCCUAGCAUUGGUAUUUAUGGUUUGGACUUCUACGUUGUACUUGGACGUCCAGGUUUCAACGUAGCUCACAGACGAAGAAAAACUGGCAAAGUUGGUUUCCCUCAUAGACUAACUAAAGAAGAUGCAAUGAAAUGGUUCCAACAGAAAUAUGACGGUAUCAUAAUUGCUGGGAAAAAGUAAUGUACAAAUAUUGUAUUUUACGAUUAUCUUAUAAAAAAUAUUAAAAAAUUCUAA